AUGGAACAAGUCCCCUCAGCUGAUAUCGACAAGGUGUUCGCUCACACAACCAAUCUAGCCUCAUGCAACCUCAACACAAAAGUUCUAGCAUGUUCAAAUGACUUCUUCGCCUCAGCCGAUAACCUCCUCACCCCCACACCAGCCAUCUCUCGUCCGGGCGUAUUCAUCCACACCGGCGCCUGGUACGACGGCUGGGAAACCCGUCGUCACAACCAAGACCCCUACGACUGGGUAGUAAUCAAGCUAGGCGUAACGGGAUCAAUUCAAGGAGUCGAAGUAGACACGGCAUUCUUCACUGGAAACUACGGCGAGAAGGCCGAGCUGCAGGCCAUUUACGCACCAGAAGGCAGCGGAAUCACAGAUGACCAGAUCGCAAGCCCGAGCUUUAAUGGAUGGAACACUGUUCUCCCUGUGUCAGAAUGCGGCCCGUCACAGCGCCGUGCUUGGAAGAUUCCCUAUGAUGCUCAGAACCCGGCCCCCUAUACCCAUGUCCGGUUGCUGAUGUACCCUGAUGGUGGAUUUGCCCGUCUUCGUUUGUACGGCCAUGCUGUUCCACCUCCUCCCCCUAAUACACAAUCCGACACCGUUGAGGAGCUUUCGUCUGCUCUUAUGGGUGGUUUGGUUCUAGAUGCUUCGGACCAGCACUACACACCCGCUUCUAAUAUUAUUUUACCUGGUCGUGGUAAGGAUAUGGGAGAUGGGUGGGAGACUGCUCGCUCGCGUGGUGCUGGCCAUGUUGACUGGGCUAUUAUCCAGCUUGGUGUUCCUGGAUCCGUGUCCAACGUUGUUGUCGAUACCAAGGACUUUCGUGGUAAUUUCCCGCACGCUGUCCGCGUUCACGGCCUUGUUGCUGGUAACGGUGCCCCUACUUUUGAGAACCCGGGCUGGGUUGAAAUUAUUAAGGGCGAUAAGUCUUGUCAGGCUGAUACCGAGCAUACAUUUGAUGCUGAGAACUCUCAGGUCUUUACCUACGUCAAGCUGACCCUUGUGCCGGAUGGUGGUGUCAAGCGCUUCCGUGUCUUUGGCCGCCGCGCUUAA